AUGUCGAGGGCGGCGGCGGGCGGUCCCGGACGAGCGACGCGUCGCGCUGAUUGGCGGACGCGCGCCCCGCACGGACAAUCUCUAUGUACUAGCAAUAAGCCUGUAAAUACUAAAAUUUGUCCACGACAACUAAUAAAAGUCAUCAUUGUUCCAGUAUAUCUCGUUAUUCUGUUAAACGGAUUGGCGUCCUGCAUGCGGCGCGGACCGCACCACCCGCACGGGCAGCUGCCGGUCGACCAGAAACAUCACCACUACAAGCCGAGGUCUUCGAAGUCAUUGACAAGUGACACACAACUAUUACACGAUACUAAACAUUUAGAAGAGGAUUCAAAAGUUCUGUCACCGGAAGAUAUAUCUAACAUGACACCAGAAGAAUUAGAGUUCCACUAUUUCUCCGCUCAUGAUUACGACCGAAAUUCAAAACUGGAUGGAUUGGAAAUGUUGAAGGCAGUGUACCAUACGAUGGAACACGAAGCUUCCGAUCCAGACAGUGACGAAUCGAUAGAGUCAGAAGCAAAGAAAUUUAAUAUUUACAUUGCUUUAGUAGAUAGGACUCUGGAGUCAGAUGACAGCGACGGUGAUGGGUAUAUUUCGUACUCAGAGUAUCGCGCUGCACGUCUCAACAGCAGUCCCGAUAGAACUCCGAGAGUUAUUAUGUCUGAGAAGUCUCCAUCGUAAUUUUGUCUAGGCUACCAAGAAGCGCUAUGUGCAUUUGUAGCGCGUCUGGCAGGGCAGCCCGCGCUCGCCCCAAGCUACAGCCUCUUUGAUCCCGUUCGAAAUGUCAUCGUAGGGCUCCAAGUCGACGCGGUUACUGGAAUCAUAAAAAUGAUAAUAAUUGAAGUAAUUACUAAAAUAUUUUACUCAGUUGGUACAUGUGUAUUUUUUGUAUGAAUGGUUUUGUAAAUAUGUAAGUCGUUCUAUAUAUGAUGAACUUUAUUAAAUACGUAUCAUAAUGUACAAAUCUG